GGAGAGAUAGAAGCUAUAUAUAUAUACAUAUACAUAUAUAUACAUAAUCUCGCCGGAACAUUUAUAUCUAUAUUAUUUUACGUAUCAAACUUCGUAAAAACGAUAGAGGAGGGUCGUGAGAGGUCUAGGAAUACUUCCCAAUAAAUUACAGACCGAUUCGUAGUCACCGGAGUUGCUUAGACGUCGCCGGAGUGUCAAGCCGUGCAAACGGGUCUUCAGCAAAAGCAGACAUUUGGCCGUAGAUAGAGGUGGAGGAGCUUCGUCUCGCCGUCAGGAUCAUUUUGCAAUUUGAAUCGUCAAAAUCCGUUACCUCUAAGUCAAGUUAUAGCUCGCCGAAGUUUCCUUAAUUUUCCGGUCGCCGGAAUAACGACCUGGAGAAGAAUGGGGAGGAAGACAACCCAGUCUUCUUGGGCCGGAAGGAGAAUUCAAGUGAAGACCAAGCUAGAGAUUUUAUUAAGAGGAUUAUCACAAUUUAAGAUGAUUAUGAUUAUGAAGAUUGAUGUACUUGCUGCCCGAGUGUUCCGCUAGUUGCACACGUUUGAUUAAUUAUCAUUGUUUAAAUUUGUAAUUCAUAAACUUUGUCCUAAGACCCAUUUCAUUGUUAUUUGAACUUAUGGUGGAUAGUCUGUGCACUCAAUCAUGUAUAGGUUGAGUGUGGCGGUGAUGCACCUGUUUUUCCCUUAAAGACUUCCGCUGUAUUCUAAAUAUGUUUAAUAAUAAAGAUGGUUUCAUUUAAAAAUGUGAUUUUAUUUGGGUGGGAAAAAUGGGGGUGUUACAACGCAGCUACUCAAGAAGCUCUUCAAAAGCAAGGAGAUGAACUCAAGACACUGGGCUUACACCAACAAGCAACAACUCAACAACUUCACAAGCUUGACCAGGAAAUCAAAGAAGAAGUCAAGGUAGAUGUCACUGAUCUUCGAAACUUGGUCACUUCCUUUGCCAUUGAAGUCAACGACCUCUAUCCAAGAAGAACAAGACAAAUUGAGGUUGACUCUGACCCAGAGAUCGAAGCACUAUUCAAAGAAAGUCAGACCCCUGCUGCUGCCAAAAAGGGGGGAAACACAACACAAGCAGGCCCCUCAUCUACAAGGUCUCUAGCAGCCAAGAAAACAGCGGAAACCAGGAAGAAGAACAAGCUCUACAAGGAAGAAGCAGAAAUCAGAAGAAGAAAAGCAGAAGAGGCCAAAGCCAAAGAAGAACCCAAAAAGAAACAAGAAGAAGACAAGCAAGAGUAGGCUAGAUCUUAAAGUUGUACUCUAGAAAGUAGAACAAUGUACAAAACUUUAAAGAAAAUCCAUAAAAAUGUUUGUUACUUGUGUUGUAUAGUUUUGGCAUCAUCAAAAAGGGAGAAAUU